AUGCUGCCGGUGACGAUGCUGGCCAGGAUCAUAUUUUGCAGUGCAGUCCUGUUGGCAACCCUGGCAGUAAUUCUGCUGGCUUUGUUUUCACCACUACCUAAAAGAAAGCCAUCACCGCCAUGGCUGGACCUCUCCUUGUACAUCCAGCAACCACAAAGUCCUAAUAUUAUUGAUGCAACAAGCUCCAAUAAUAAUAAUGAUCAUGUGGCACAAUCUUCCCAAUCAGACGGGGGAGGAGCAUUCAUCUUCCACCGCAUGCUCACAGAGGGACCCGAGAACACUUCUCGGGUGGUGGGGAAAGCGCAAGGGUUCAUUAUCCCAGUAGAGCAGUUUGCAAACUCAGGUUUCAACAUAAUCUAUCUCACCUUUCACACGCCUCAGUAUUCAGGUAGCCUAAGCGUUGAGGCCAAGCAUGUCUCCCCGAAAGACACCGAAGAGCUUUCUGUGAUGGGUGGAACGGGGUCGUUUGCUUUUGCAAGAGGACUUGCUGUUUUUGCUCAGAGUAUCCAUGGUGAUGCCACUUAUCAUGUAAAGUUGCAGCUUAGUUUUCCUAAUAAUCAGUCUCGGACGACCACAAUUCCGGGAUGA